AUGGCCAGCCGCAGGCCCGCAAAUACGGUCACGUCAGCUGAUUGCCAUUGGUCCUCGUCAGCCUCCUCAUCGCCGCCUGCAUUAGCGUCAGGCUCGCAGAUUAUUCCCGCCACGGUCACUCCUAAUACCGAAAUUCGCCUUCCCCUGUACGCGGCGACGACGCACACCAGCGGUCUGCUGGGCCUGCACCUGCCGGCCGACCAAUGGCGGCCCGCCCCGACUCGCGCCGAGCCGCUGCCGGCCAGACGCCGCAAGGAGAGGCUGUUUCGCGCCGGCGAGCUUGGCGAAACUGCGAUGCCGCGAGUGGAUUUCGCGAAACGGCCGUUGUCGCAACUCGAUCAGCAACCGCAGCAGCAACAGCCGCACCUGCCGCGUCAAACUGAAGCGCAAGCUUCGGCGACGCUUCUGGAGGCGGAGUCUAAUCUGGCCGGAGCGCAGCUGCAUCAGCAGCCUUCCCACCGACACGGCACCGGCAUGGCCGUCGCAGAGCGUUCGCGGGCGAUAGCGACUGCGCCUGCGACUGCGCCUGCGACUGCGCCUGCGACUGCGCAUGCGACUGCGACGGCUUCGGCGACGGCGUCGGGGUCGCCCGGCGUGCUGCGAGGCGACGACGUGGAGUUUGACAUCGACUUCCACUUGCACGAGAUGCCGUCGCGCGCGCGACGACAUGCGACGAGUGCGACGGGCGCGCGACAUGCUGUGACAGGAGUGGCGACUGCGGGCGAGUGGCGGGAGCUGGCGGAAGUGAAGCUCGCGCUCGGCGCGCUGGUGGGGCGCGUCGCGGCGGAACUGGCGAAAUUGGGGGCGGGUGUAAACAUGGGGAAGAACCUUGAAGCGGAGCGGAGUGUGGAGCGGAAAUUGCGGCUGAGUCCGGCGGUUAGUCGACUGGUCAGCGGCGCCGUCGCUGGUGGCGUGUCGCGAACAGCCACGGCGCCGCUGGAGACGAUUCGGACGCACAUGAUGUGCGGGCGGGGCGGGCUGGCGGCCAAUGGGAGCAUGACAGCUGUCUUCCAGUGGGUGUUGCGCACGGAGGGGUGGACGGGGCUGUUCCGCGGCAACGCCAUCAACGUGCUGCGCGUCGCGCCUAGCAAGGCCAUUGAGAUGCUCACAUACGACACGGUGAAACGCUUCCUCACUCCGCGCGACGGCCGUCCCUCCAUCAUCCCCCGUCAACUCCCCAUCCCAAUUUCCUCCAUCGCCGGCUCUUCAGCCGGCAUCGCCUCCUGCCUCCUCACCUACCCUCUCGAGCUGGUCAAGACGCGCCUGACAGUGAACCCCGACAUGUACCGCGGCGUGCUGCACGCGUUCCACACGAUCAUCACCGAGCAGGGCGUGGGGGAGCUGUACCGCGGCGUGGCGCCGAGUGUGGUGGGCAUGAUUCCGUACGCCGGUGCGAAUUUCUAUGCGUAUGAUACGCUGUGCACGGCGUAUAGACGGGCGAGAGGGCGGGAGGAGAUUGAGCCGCUGAUGACGCUCGUGAUUGGGUCUACGGCCGGGUGCUUCGCUGCUGCCUCGACAUUUCCCUUGGAAGUCGCCCGGAAACAUGUAAGCACCGGGAUUUGGAGUCAUGGCUUGCUUCCUCGCGUCCAGCUGCAUUGGUGUGAGCCGGCUCGUUGCGUCGCCCUUGCCCUACCCUGA